CCACGAGAUUCGCAGUGGCUGCUGCGUGCAAGUACAUAAGUGCAGUAGUUCUCCCAUACCACCAACAUACCACCUUGACGAUACACACCGUCGUUACUCACAUCGCUGUUCGCAAGACUCGUUUGUCAAACAGGUCAUUGAGAAGGUUUCUGUGUAAUCGAGUAUGAGCGACUCGUCAAUCCCCUCGUCGCCAAGCGUCUCGACCGCUGCGACCUCCUUGCCACCCUCACCUACCAUCUCCAAGCUAAGUCUCGCGGAUGUCACAGACAAAGACAGACAGGAAGCUGCGAAAAUCAAGGCAGAGGCAAACAAGGCAUUUACCGGCCAUGAAUUCAACAAAGCUGCAGAGCUUUACUCAAAGGCUAUUGAACUGAAUCCGUUUGAUGCUACCAUCUGGUGCAACCGUGCAUAUACGCGCGUCAAACUGGAAGAGCAUGGGUAUGGGUUGAGUGAUGCUGCCCAUGCGAUCCAGUUGGAUCCUAACUACUCCAAAGCCUACUACCGGCGAGCGACAUGCUACUUGCAGACGCUAAAGUACAAGCAGGCCAUCGCGGACUUCAAGAAGGUCCUCUCGCUAGAGCCGAACAACCAACUUGUCCGCCAACAACUGGACAGCACAACCAGGAUCAUGCGGAAAUCGGAAUUCGAGAAAGCCAUCGAGAUGGAGGAGGAGACGAGUUCGGUCGAGCGAUGUAUGGCGAUCAUCGCCGAAGGUGGAUGUGAUCUCGACCGCGACUACAAAGGCCCGAAAUUGUCUACAACCGAGGGAGGCAAAUAUAGCAUCAACCUCGAGUUCGUCAAUGCUAUGAUCGAGUGGUUCAAAGAAGGCAAGGCCUUGCCCAAGAGAUAUGUGUGGGAGAUUGUCCUGGGAGCGCAUCAAGCAUUCGCCCAAGAAGAGAGCUUGGUAACACUGAACAUAGAGGAAGGCAUGACCUGCGACGUGAUCGGUGAUGUUCACGGCCAGUUCUACGACGUCCUGCACCUCUUUUCUCUCACGGGUCACCCGACCGACAAGCAUUGUUUGCUCAUGAACGGCGAUCUGGUUGACCGGGGAUCAUGGUCAAUAGAGGUCAUCCUCACCGCAUUUGCGUUCAAGUGGUUAUAUCCGAACCGCAUGUACAUCAACCGGGGAAACCACGAGACGAAAGACAUGAACCGGACAUACGGCUUCGAGGGCGAAGCAAAGCACAAACACGGGGAACAAACCUACAAGCUAUUCGCACACGUUUUCACAGUCAUGCCACUCGCGACCUUGAUUUGCGCAACGAAGCCUCCGGCAGGUCCCGCAGGCAAUGCCAUACUGUCGCCAGAAGGCAAGAAGCGCUACUUUGUCGUACACGGUGGCCUUUUCAGCAAAGACGGCGUCACCCUUGACGAGAUCCGCAAGAUCGACCGGAUAGGACGUCAGCCUGGGCAGGAGGGAUUGAUGUGCGAGCUACUAUGGACAGACCCUCAGGACAUGCCAGGACGGGGUCCAAGCAAACGGGGCGUCGGCAUUGCAUUCGGACCAGACGUCACAAAGCGAUGGUGCCAAUUGAACGGCGUCACAGGCGUAAUCCGUAGUCAUGAAGUCCGACAAGAUGGAUAUGCCAUCGAACAUGACGGACUUUGCACCACCGUUUUCUCUGCACCGAACUACGUAGACCAAGGAGGCAACAAGGGCGCCUUCAUUCGGAUCGAUGACCAUGGCUCGCAAACAUACACCCAGUUUGACGCCAAGCCUCAUCCGCCAAUGAAACCCAUGGCAUAUACGUCCGGAGGAAUGGCCAGUUUGCUGAUGUAAUACAUAGCCUGGUUUGAUCCCCGCUUGAGCUAUAAGUAGCGUAAACCACAGUACCAUCGCAUCCACAUGUAAAACAGCAGGGUAAACAAUCAAUGCUCAAAGGUUGUUUAGUACGCAUGGACAUUUGUUCAAUUGCCGACUAUACAAUCUACCGAGGUUUGUAGAUAUUGCUUUACAUGGGAAACAACAACUCCGUGCUGUGUUCGU